AUGGCUUCCAGCUACAAGAAGUCAAAUGUGGCCUCUACCAGCCAGAAAAGAAAGGUGGGUCCUAAGCCUGAACUCACGGAAGAUCAGAAGCAAGAAGUUCGCGAAGCAUUUGACCUCUUCGAUGCCGACGGAAGUGGGACCAUCGACGUGAAGGAGCUGAAGGUGGCCAUGAGAGCGCUGGGCUUUGAACCCAGGAAGGAAGAGAUGAAGAAGAUGAUCUCCGAAGUAGACAAAGAAGGCACAGGGAAAAUCAGCUUCAAUGACUUUUUGGCCGUGAUGACUCAGAAGAUGGCCGAGAAAGACACCAAAGAAGAAAUCCUGAAGGCCUUCAGGCUCUUUGAUGAUGAUGAAACUGGGAAGAUCUCCUUCAAAAACCUAAAGCGCGUGGCCAACGAGUUAGGGGAAAACCUCACUGACGAGGAGCUGCAGGAAAUGAUAGACGAAGCCGAUCGGGAUGGAGAUGGCGAAGUGAACGAGGAAGAAUUUCUUCGGAUCAUGAAAAAAACCAGCUUGUAUUAA